AUGACAACCGAAAGUCUUGUUUUAGUUAUAACAGGUGCUUCUUCUGGUAUUGGUAGAGGGAUUGUCCUAGAAGCAAUUAAAAAUGGAGCUCGGGUUAUUGGAUGCAGUAGAAGUAGUGAAAAGCUCGAAGCAUUGAAAAAUGAAGUAGUUAAACAAGGUUAUUCUGCAGAUUCAUUUAAUUAUAUAGCUGGUGAUGCAUCAAACAAAGAUGUGGCGAAAACUGCUGUUGAAAAAGCUAUUGAACUUUGCGGCCGUAUCGACGUUCUUAUUAAUAAUGUUGC